GUGAUAGUUCAUAUAAAAAAGGAAACAACUGAUAGUAGAAGGUGUAAAACUCGCAAAAAAUAAUAAUUCAAAUAUAUUUUUGAUCAUUAUCUGUAUAGAAUUCAAUCAAAAUUACUAAAUUUGAUCGAACCCGUAACGUUGGCACUACCUUCCCCAGACAACGGUCAAACUCUGACAGUAACUCACCCAAAGCUAUUUUAUACUUCAACCUCUUUCCUUUCUCAAAAAUAUCCACCAACUUUUCACUAACCCAAACCUUAUAAUCCCACAAAAAUGUCUCCUAAAUUCUUCUUUUCUCUCAUUCUAUUAUCUCUAAUCUCCGCCCUCUCUGCACCCCUUGGCAGCACCGCCACCCACAGCGGCGCUGCCGGGGGAGGGGCGGAGACAGUGGAGUUAUGGUGUGUGGCAAAGAACAAUGCUGAGGAUGCUGCUCUUCAGUCCGCUAUUGAUUGGGCUUGUGGGCCCGGUGGUGCUAGUUGUGGGCCCAUUCAGUCCGGUGGGCCUUGCUACGACGCAUCUGAUAUUCGACGAACGGCAUCGUUUGCCUUCAAUGAUUACUUCCUUAAACAUGGGAUGACUGAUGAUAGUUGUGAUUUUGCUAGUUCUGCUGCUUUAACUUCUCUAAACCCAAGUCAUAAUGGCUGUAAAUUUCCAUCAAGCUUGAGUAGGAGGACCAGAAGCUUUAAUGGAUCAAUACCGCCAGGGUUAGGUCAAGCUUCAGAGGAUUUAAGUAGCAGCACUUCUACAAUCAGCCGUUGCAUCUUCGUCUCUAUGUCUAUUAAUCUAAUGUCUGCAACUCUGCUAAUUUUAUGACAUAUAAAAUUUUGAUUCUCUUAUAUGUAGUUGUAGAAUUUAAUAA